UUUGUAUUGUGAAAGUAACAAAGCUGACGUGUCCCUUUACAUUUUGAAUAAAAGCUAAAUCCUAUGGCCAUUUCUUCAUAUCUCUCUAUUUUACUGUUCAUGAGAUAGUUAAGAUUCGGGCCAAGACUUGAUAGUGCAUACUAAAGUUGUUCAUACACACAAGAAUCGAGGCACAGUGUUUUUAAAAAUCUAGAUUAGAAAGAAAUCGUCCACCUGUCAUCAUGCUUGUUGAAUACCUUCCGAUGGAAUUCUUCCCAGUUGCUUUGAUCAUAUUGAUAAUCCUGUGGGUUCAUCAUCUGUGGAAGAAAAAUGGUCCCCAGAGAACUGAAGGGGCAAGCAAUCGUCCAGGUCAACAAAGGAAAAACAAACUCUACCCAGACUUAUCAGAGAACAGCCUUUUGAAGAAUUAUUCUGCUCGACACUUGAAUGCCAUUGUUGAUAAGUUUUCGAACUUGGACGAUGUGGGGCAGGCAAUUCGGAAUGCUGGAUUGGAGUCUAGCAAUCUUAUUUUUGGUAUCGACUAUACUAGCAGUAAUGCUAUACAGGGAGAAAGGUCCUUCAAUGGGCGUAACCUUCAUACCAUCGAGCCUGGCCUUUUGAACCCCUACAUGCAGGUGAUCUCCAUUCUCGGCGAGACAUUGGAACCAUUUGAUGAUGACGGUAUCAUUCCGGCGUUUGGAUUUGGCGAUUCCACCACCAGAGAUAGGGGUGUGUUCCCUUUCAGACAAGAGGGUUACUGUACCGGAUUUCAUGACGUCCUACAAGCCUACAACCAACUCACCCCAAGAGUGCAACUGAGUGGGCCAACAAAUUUCGCACCAUUAAUCCACGAGGCAAUCAAUAUUGUCAGGACAACUAAAGCCUACCAUAUCCUAGUGAUAGUCGCAGACGGUCAGGUGACAAAUGAACGUCCCACGAAGGAGGCGAUCGUGGCCGCAUCCCAAUACCCACUUUCGAUAAUAAUGGUCGGCGUUGGCGACGGUCCCUGGGACAUGAUGGAAGAAUUUGACGACGAACUCCCCGCGAGAAAAUUUGACAAUUUCCAGUUCGUGAACUUUCAUAAGAUAAUGGCGACGUCGCGGAACAGGGAGGCGGCAUUUGCGUUGUCUGCGUUGAUGGAGAUUCCGGAUCAAUUCAAAGCGAUUCAGGCGUUGGGAUUAAUGAAUAUGUGAAAAGACAAAAGUGUAUAUUUUGGAUCUCAAACUGAGUGGUGCUGUAUUGCUUAUGUCAAAGGAAAUACACAUACAUGUAGAAGUUAUCUUCUCACAGUGAAAUGUGCACAGUAUAAGUUCUAUUAUCAUGUGUAAUGAUUCACAUUGAUUUCUCCUGUUCAUGUCAAAAGAAAUGAAUAGAGAAGUGCUGUUCUCAAGUGGCAUGUGAUUCACAUUGAUUUCUCCUGUUCAUGUCAAAAGAAAUGAAUAGAGUAGUGCUGUUCUCAAGUGGCAUGUGAUUCCCAUUGAUUUCUCCUGUUCAUGUCAAAAGAAAUGAAUAGAGUAGUGCUGUUCUCAAGUGGCAUGUGAUUCACAUUGAUUUCUCCUGUUCAUGUCAAAAGAAAUGAAUAGAGAAGUUCUGUUCUCAAGUGGCAUGUGAUUCACAUUGAUUUCUCCUGUUCAUGUCAAAAGAAAUGAAUAGAGAAGUGCUGUUCUCAAGUGGCAUGUGAUUCACAUUUUUUCUCCUGUUCAUGUCAAAACAAAGGAGCGUGGCCAUUCCUUGAUUUGUGAACAUUGCCACCUGAACACCCAAGGAGCUUGAGCUUGUCCAAUCUAAUCACUUCUGUGAAUCGUAAAAUGUGACUCAUCACCUUAGAAUUGAACUUAAGUACAUGUAUGAGUGUACUAUUUUAAGCAUUUUGGCAUGUGUAAAAAAAUCAGCACUGUACAGGGGUACAGGAACAUUUUAGAACAUGAUAAUGUUGACCUCUAUGUAAAAUAUUCACGUUGGCCUUCAAUGAGUCUAUUGUAAAUAAAUGUUAUUUUUCAAUAUUGGACUGUACUGUAAAUAUUGUAACAACCUGUACAGUUAUUAAGAUGUAUAUUGUGUAAAAAUAUAUU